GGCCGGAGCGCGCGCGGGAGCCCUGGGGGAAGGACGACGCACGGUGCCCGUGCCCACAUCUAGGGCUGGGAAACUGAGGUCUCCUCUGCCUAACGAGGUGCCCAGCAACCCGACUUGGCACUGAAGGACGCCGCCUGAAGAGGGGUCGCGCUACGGGCUGAAAUGAUUUCCAAGCAACUUGGAGUCGCCACUGAUGCCAGAUGCUUCAGACCCACAGCAGGCCAUCAGCAGUGGGGGCUUGGGAAGCAGCCUGGGAGGCUCCAUCACGGCCUGUAAAAAGGUUCUUCGCAACAACAGCCUGCUGGAAUCCACAGACUACUGGCUGCAGAGUCAGAGGACGCCCUGCCAGAUUGGCUUUGUGGAAGACAAGUCUGAAAACUGUGCCUCUGUGUGCUUCGUGAACCUGGAUGUAGACAAGGCUGCGUGCACUACGGAGGGUCUGCAACAGAAACUGGUCAAUGUUUCACCUGAUCUUCCAAAACUUAUCAACUCCAUGAAUGUCCAACAGCCAAAAGAAAAUGAAAUAGUCCUCCUAAGUGGGUUGGCUUCUGGAAACCUCCAGGCUGAGUUUCAAGUUCCACAGUGCCCUUGGCUGUCGGAUGUCUGCCUAGUCCAAUGUGCAAGAGGCAACGGUCCCAACAGCACCAACUGCAUCAUCUUUGAAAUCAACAAGUUCUUGAUUGGUCUGGAGCUGGUGCGGGAGCGGCAACUCCAUCUGGAAACAAACGUCUUGAAGCUGGAGGAUGAUACAAACUGUUCUCUGUCUUCCAUUGAGGAAGACUUUCUCACUGCCUCUGAGCACUUGGAGGAAGAAAGCGAGGUGGAAGAGUGCAGGAACGGUUUUGAAAAUAUAAACGUGUCAGUCAGUGUUUUAGAAAGUAAAAAGCCAAAGGAAGCCACCCAGGAAGAAUGGAAUUGCAGCAAGGAAAGGCUGCAUUACACUCUGGAAAACACGCACAUCCGCAAACACCAUAUGCCCUUGAGUAAAACAGAAGGAUCCCAGGGAGACAUCCCAGAGAAUAUCAUCUUGCAAAGUCUGACUCCUUUGGCCAAGCCAUCACAGUGGAAAGAGGAAAUGGUGAGGAACAAGCACCUGGCCACAAACUACUGUUCUCCAGAUUUUAAAGGACAGGUAGAAAACUCUCAGGCACAGUAUAUUCCAAAUGAGUCUGAUUUCUCCGUGAUGGUCAAGAAAGAUGUGCCCUCAGAUGACACUGUCACUGAGAAGGGCGGCAGUCUAGACACAGGAGACCAUGAAGGAGAGUCUCUUCUUCCUAUCCAAGAUGAAGAAGGCACAACUGGGGACUAUGCUACAAAUUUAGCAGAGUCUGUGCUGCAGGACGCCUUCAUCAGACUGUCUCAGGCUCAGCCUGCGCCGCCCCAGGAGUCUGCAGUCAGUGUUUCCAUAGGAAGUGCCCUGCUUCCCAGUAGCUGUUCCACAAAAGAUACAGUGGUCCCUCGUUCCUGGAAUGACCUCCCCAGAAUUGUCAUUGUGCAGAGCCCAGAAGGUGGUGAUGUCACACCUGAGGCAGGUGUCACCUCCUGUCCCCAGACAGAAGUUUCUGGUGAAACCUCUGGUGUCCUCUCUGGAGAGAGCUCUGGCAGACACCCUCAAAGUGCCGUAGAGGUAGCACUAGCUUGUGCAGCCACUGUGAUUGGAACCAUUUCCAGUCCACAGGCCACAGAAAGACUCACAAUGGAGCAAGAAUCCCUGAUUUCCCUGAGAGGCAGUGGGGCACUGCAAAAUCAAGUACCCCAAGGAUUCAAGGAACCUUCUACCAGCGAAUACUCCUUUCCAUCAGCUCUGUGUGGCAUGACGCAGGUAGCCAGUGCGGUUGCUGUCUGUGGUCUGGGAGAAAGAGAAGACCUGGCGUGCCUUCCCGCUGGGGCUUCUGAACACAUACCAUCCAUUUGCAGCUCAGUGCCAGAGAGUAACAUGGAGCUGGGGAAGGAGGCCAUCGCAGAGGCUUUGCUCAGGGAGGCUACUGUGGUUUUGGCAAGGCCUGAUGUCUACAGCGACCUUGGAGAGCUCAUGGACUCAUUGAGCAGGAGAAUCACAGAAACCACUUCCAGUUCCCUGUGCUCAGAAAAUGUCCUGAGGAGCGAGCUGGCACAGAACCUGUCCAGUGUUAUCCUAAAGCACUGUAUUGAUGAAGCUUACCAGAAAGAUGAAGUGUUCCACUCCAGUGAGGGCACGCUUCCAACUCUGGAUUCCUUAAUGCAAAGUGCCACUCAGCUGCUCCACGGUGUGAUGUGCCUCACAGUCAAGAAGAUGGGCCAGAUUGUGCAGCUCAGAGAGAGUCCCACCCUCCUUUCUAAGGAGCCCCUCAGGCGGGCAGAGACAGAUCCACUAGGCUGCCAAGCUUUCGAUCAUGCUGGUCAGGCAUGGUCAAAAGCCACAGCAAACUCCAGUGGCCAUCUACUUAGCAAUGGACACAGCACUGGUUUUGUGGUCCGUGAACUUGUCGAUGAUGUACAUCCGAAGCCAGACAAGCGCAGAGCAAGGGCAGGGCUGUGCAAGAACCCUGUGCUGCGACCAGAGUUGUCCUGUAGUCACAGAGUGCUGGAUUCAUCGCCCGCCAAAACAUUCCCCAAAGAAAUGUAUCUGAGAGGUGUUAUGGGAGAGGAUAUGCAGAACCCUCAUCAGAUACCCGUUUGUGAUGGGAGAGAAUGGAGAGGCUCUAAACCAGCGGCCACCUGCAGCAGGAGCUCCUGGGAGGCUGAAGACAGUAUCGAGCCAAGCACCCCAGAGAAGUGCAGUUGUUUCACACCCAUGAACAACGAAGCCCAACUUAGCCUGGCCUUGUUAGGGGAUGACCUGGUGCUUCCUGCGCAUUCUAUGCUGCAGGAAAAGCACUCUGAGCUCUACUACAUUACAGACUUUGCAGAAGAAUUAGCGGAGACGGUUGUCUCCAUGGCAACUGAAAUCGCAGCGAUUUGCCUGGACAACUCCAAUGGAAAACAGCCCUGGUUUUGUGCGUGGAACCGGGGGAAUGAGUUUCUGGUGACACCAAACACAUCGUGCCGGUCCGUGAAGAGAAGGAAGGAAGCUCCGAGCAGUGGGAGCGCUGUGAGGAAGCACAAGCCUCCGCGCCUCAGUGAGAUCAAGAGGAAAACGGAGGAGCAUCCCGAGCUUAAAGAGAAGCUGAUGAACAGGGUGGUGGACGAGUCUAUGAACCUCGAAGACGCACCUGAUUCUGUUAACCUUUUUGCAAACGAAGUGGCAGCCAAGAUCAUGAACCUCACAGAGUUCGCCAUGGUGGAUGGCGGGUGGCAAGCCCAGAGCUGUUCCCGGAAUCGGCUACUGAGUGGUGACAGGUGGAACCGGCUGAAGGCCUCCAGCUGCGAAAGCAUUCCGGAGGAGGACUCCGAGGCCAGGGUCUACGUCAACAGCCUGGGCUUAAUGAGUACCUUGAGCCAGCCCGCGAGCAGGGCCAGCUCCGUCUCCAAACAGUCGAGCUGCGAGAGCAUCACUGAUGAGUUUUCCAGAUUCAUGGUGAACCAGAUGGAGAGCGAAGGCAGAGGGUUUGAGUUACUGCUGGAUUACUAUGCUGGCAAGAAUGCCAGCACUAUUCUGAGCUCAGCAAUGCAACAGGCGUGCCGGAAGAAUGAGUGCAUCAGCGUAAGGCCGAGCUGUCCCUCUAAACAGUCUAGCACAGAGAGCAUAACGGAGGAGUUCUACAGGUACAUGCUGAGAGACAUCGAAAGGGAAGGCAGAGAUGGCCCCUCCUCCAGACGAAGCAGCCAGGAUUGGACCCCUGGCUUACUGUCUCCUUCCUCACGAUCCCCACUGUGUUGCAGGCAGUCGUCCAUGCCUGACAGCAGAUCUCCCUGUUCUCGGUUAACAGUGAACGCCCCCAUGAAAGCCAACUCCUUAGAUGGCUUUGCCCAAAAUUUCCAGCAAGACUUCCUAAGUGUACAGCCAGUCAGUAGGGCUUCCUCCUCUGGUCUCUGCAAAUCUGACUCGUGUCUGUAUCGGAGAGGGGGGACUGACCACGUCACAAACAUGCUAAUUCAUGAAACAUGGGCAAGCUCCAUUGAGGCCCUGAUGCGAAAGAACAAAAUUAUUGUGGACAAUGAGGGGACAGCUGAGGCAGGUGCUGUUUCUGGUGGCUCCCCCAUGCAAAUGGAGAAGUGUGCAAACAGAGUAGCCACCAGCAGAGGGCACAGGGGGCCAACCUUGCUUGUUCAGGAGUCUCGCGAUUACCCAAGGAAGGAUGUGGUCACGGACAGCAGACAUUCCCCAGUCUCAUCACCAAACAAAAUGGCUCGUACUUCAAGUCUCAGUGGUUUAGAUUCUAGCAAAGACGCUGCUGUCGUCCACCGCCCCAGGCAGUUACUGUGCUCAAGGGAUGUGCCUGUGAUUCAGAUUGAAGCAGACCAGAGAGAAGAGGGCACUAGAGAGCCCGAACCCUUCCUUCCCAAAAGUGAGCCCCUGAGGGAUGCAGAAGAGAACCCUCAGAAAGAAGCAGCCCUAGAUGCGGCCCGAGGUAGUGACACAUCCGUGAGCCGCUGCCAGAGUCCCAGUGACAGCAUGGAAGCCAGAGAUGUUCCAGAAGCUGACGUCUCCAUGGAAGCCAAGGCUCCUGACGAAUUUCCAAACCCUCCAAGCAGCAGCGAGGAGAGCACAGGCAGCUGGUCCCAGCUGGCCAACGAAGAGGACAAUGCAGACGACACGAGCAGCUUUCUGCAGCUCAGUGAGCACUCCAUGAGAUGCAACACAGGCUGGGUUUACACCAGCAAUGGCAACAGUAGUGCCACUAGCAGUCUUGGUAUUACGGACCUGGAUAUUUGUCAGGAAAGCAUGCCGUCUUCUCCCAUGAUUCAUGAAUUAGUGGAAGAAAAGGAGAUUCUCAAAGAGCAGUCACGAAGCCUAAAGGAGCAUGCGUCUGGACGGACAGGGAGAGCAGCCAGCCCUCAGAGGAGCCUGCUGGUGAUCAACUUUGACCUGGAGCCAGAGCGCCCUGAUGCUGAGCUUCGAGCCACUCUGCAGUGGAUAGCAGCCUCCGAGCUGGGAAUCCCCACAAUCUACUUUAAGAAAUCUCAGGAGAGCAGAAUUGAAAAGUUUCUAGAUGUUGUGCGGCUGGUCCAUCAGAAGUCCUGGAAAGUGGGGGAUAUCUUUCAUGCAGUUGUCCAGUACUGCAAACUGCACGCAGAGCAGAAAGAGAGGACGCCCAGUCUCUUUGACUGGCUUCUGGAACUAGGAUAAAACAUCUGCAUGGCAAGGAGCAGUUCUCCCCUUCAUCCCGGCUUAGGUUACAGUGGUUUGCGCUAAAUUCUCUGAAUUUUCUCAGUACACUGCAUCUCAUUCUCAGAACUAUAAAAAAUAUGUAUCGUUCCAGUGCCAUAUACACAGAAUAACUCUAAGGGAAAACGUAUUUUUCUACUAAUCACCACCUGUGGAAAUGUCUAAAAGAGCUUGUAUUAGAGUGGCUUGAAAAGGAGACACUUCAGGGAGACCCAAAUUAGGAAGCACACAUCAGGCCCAAGCUAGGUUCACAUGUGUGCGAUGAUAUAAAAUGAUGUCUAAUGUCUCCACUUAUGUGAAUCAACUAGAAAUGAACUCACUGGUUUACAGCAAUUCUAUAAACUAUACUGGAACCUUCCUUGUACUUUUCCCAGCUGUCAACUCAAGGAAAUAAUUAAGAUAUGGCUGAAAAAUGCCCAGGUCUUUAUAUAGAAGAGUCCCACCUUCAGCCGAGUACCUCUGGACAGUAAGACACACGCAGGAGCCUGGCAGUGUCCUCUCUGGAGGUCCUCUCAUUUACUCACCACAAAUGACCAGUACCUCCCUCCUUCACAGCCAUUUCCUAAGCUUAUCUCAUCUUAUCUGCGUCACCAUAUCACUUGGGUGAAAUUAUGGGGUUCCUACCUUAAGUGAAAGCUUUCUUACUUAAAUUAAAAUAGUAAUCUUUUGACAUGAAAGCUGCUUGUAUAUUCAUACAUAUGAAUUAUAUGAAAUAUAAACUUUUGGUUUAUUUUUAUUAUAAAUUAUAGAGAGAGUAUUAUCUAAAUAAUUUAUGGAGUUAGCUUAGAGCUUUAUAAACCAUGAAGAGAUGUUGGUUAAAGGCAAAUGCUGGCAAGAAGCUCGGUAACUAGAUGAACUCUGAAUGCAUUGAAACCCGUGUGACAGCCAUGCUCCUCCAAAGGCGUCUAUAAUGACGGGUGGAGGGUAGCGCCUCGCGCCUUACAUGGUAAAUACGGAGGCAGACAUCCAACUCUAUGACAGUGGCACUGAGUUUGGUGAAAAGACUCAUCAAAAUAUCUUAGUAAUGACAUGUGGGUUUCUUUUUUGAAAAAUAAAGGUAUCUACAUGCCCCAGCAGGUCUUUCUUGCCACUAAAUAAACUACACUUCUUUUUAUUUUCUUGAUGGAAGAGGUAUUUAUUGUGCAUUUAUUGUGCAUCUUCUGAAAUAUUAUAUGCUUACUCUAUUUUUACAAGUAAUUUUAAAUGUGAACAAGGCCCCAUGACAUCAAUGCUGGCUCUACAUGAUCUAUGAUCUACACCUGUGGAAUGCCAAGUAAGCUUCCUCUAAGCCAUACUUCUUUCCCCACCCACCCAUGCCAGCGAUCUUCCAGAGCUCAAUAUGCAUUUGCUGUACAAAUGGUCCAAAUUUAAGUUGUUUGUUUAAGUUAACACCUACCCAGAAUCUCAAACAGAAGUGUGUUUCUCUGUGCUACUAAAUGGAAAAUACUGUAUUUUUUUUUAAUCCUAGGUUAUUGUAUGUAGCCCUUUGUUGUGUUCAAAUGAAUGUUUACUUAUCCUACAAAGCACAAAUACUGAUAUAACCACAUGUUGUACCUGUUGUUACAAAACUAAUCAAUAUAUUCCCAUCGCAAAAUUGUUGUUGUUUUUUCAAGAGCUUUAAGCACUGUACAGAAAAAAAAUAGUCACAAUGUGAUUAGAUAUCUAGAGUUUUACUCCUUAGAUAAGUUUUGCUGUGCUGCUUUCAAUGUUUGAUUAAGUAAAUAUUUGUUAGAAUGUCAUAUUCAUUGUAAAUGAUUGUUUCUCCACUGUGUCACUGUUUAUACUGAGGAGGAGAGGAUGCUUUUCUGUGGGGGACAUGUUGUAUAUGGGAAGAUGUGCAGCCCUGACCUCUGUCAGUUAAAUUCCAGUAAUUGUAAUUCUAAUUGUAACAAUCAAAAAAAAAAAAAGUCUCUGGCAUUGUCACAUGUCUCUUAAGGAGCGAAGUCAAGAC